AUGUCCAUGCAUUUGCUUUUUGAGUGCCUCAGUAGCAACGAGUUGCAGCGUUGUACUCUUUUCGUUGGUGUGUUGGCUGCGGCAACUGCUGGGGGAGGGGUAACAAUGGCCUCGUAUAGAACGCUUGGGCGUGUAUUGGGUGCGUGCAGGUGCGAGGUGGUUCUUGAGUUCGUUGGGGAGCGCGCCACCAUCAUAAGGAAUGUCAGGGAGCUAAAGAUAUCUAGUGAUGCGUUUGAGCAAGCGAUGCGCGCGUGUGCGUGCGCGGUAGUGGAGGCUGAGCACUGCUCGUUGGUUCAUGCUACGCUGCGUAGCGUUCAGCGUACAUUGCCACACAGAAG